AUGGGAGAUACGGGUGCGGUCGCAUACUGCGGUCAGCAGUUGGUUGGUGUCUCAAUUGCGAUCGCUGUUGUUCAGAUCGUAGUCGUCGGAGCGCGCUUCUAUACAAGGUAUAUACAGAAGGUAGCCUGUGGAAGUGACGACUACCUUAUCAUUCCUGCAUUGAUCGCCAGCUUAGGACAGUCAGCACUCUACAUAUUCUUGGUCCAACGAGGAGGUGUUGGUUACCAUUUAGAAUAUGUGGAACGAACCCCACAAAAGCUUGUCAUUCUAGAGAAGGCUCUCUAUGCUAAUGAGAUCCUCGACUUUCCCUUCACGGUAGCUCCCGCCAAAAUCUCAAUUUUGCUUUUCUACAUCCGCAUCUUCAGCUUUCGCAAUUUUCGAAUUUUAGCUUAUAUCGUGGGUGGAAUCGUUACCAGUCAUGGAGUGGGGGUCUUCUUUGCGGCCAUUUUCCAAUGUUCGCCGAUUGCAUACACCUGGGACAAGACGAUUGUUGAGGGUUCAUGCUUCGACCAAGAAGCAUUCUACCGAUAUGUGUCGCCGCCAAAUAUCAUAACGGAUGUUCUGAUUUUAAUGAUGCCAUUACCCUAUGUCUGGAAUUUGCACACCCGGGUUGGACAGAAGGUGGCUUUAACCGGGGUUUUCUUACUUGGGAGCUUGGGAACCGUGGCCAGCAUUCUGCGCAUGACUAUCUUCUUUCAAGAAAGCGCUAUGACUGACCCAACCUGGACUUCCGUUAAACUUGGAAUUUGGACUAUUCUCGAAGGUGGGAUUAUCAUUAUUGCUGCCUGCCUUCCUUCUAUUUGGCCCUUGAUAUCCAAACUGGUAUCUCGAAGUCUAGACACAAAUUGUUCUUCAGAUCAGUUGCAGGACCCGAGGUAUGGCCACACUUCGCGGCAUAAGAGAACCGGCUCUAGGUACUCUCGACUGGGAGCUAGUAUAGAAGGAGCUAAGUGUAUUAUCGAUCCGAAAAUGUCUACGGAUGUGGCUUCUGGUCUAUACAAUGACGCCAUAUCAUUAGUCGAGGUAUCGAGAGUUCGUGAAGCAUGA